AUGCGCUCUAUCUCUGGAAAGGACUCAAGGAUUGGGCAUGAUGUCGAUAUUGCAGAAAGUACAAGAACAAAUAUCGCAGCAACUGAGCAGCAAUUGAGCAACACCACGUCGCUGAGUGCUCAAGGUAUCAUGGACAUCCAAGAUGUCUCUCAAGAUGCGCAAUAUGCACAAAUCCUGCUUGCCCAGAGGGCCCGCCUCGAAUCAGCUCGCGCACGAAAAGGUGAAAUACCAAAGGACCGACAAACUCGACAGAAGCUUGCCCAGGAUCACGUGAUCCAAUAUAAGCAAUUUAUGGCUCUAAAAUCUCAGAAGCCACAGGAUACAUACAUGACAGCAACUUUGAUAGGAGAGCCAUACCUUCCGUCUGUCGCUCCUAUCGAGGCCCUUGAAAAGAUUCCAAUCAGCCAGCUGAAGCUGGAAACGCAUCAUCGGGGCUUCUAUUUACUUCUUCGGUUGUUUGUUCAUCCUGUCAGAAUGACUGCCGUGAUCACCUUGGCCGAGGACGAAGCCGGUGACGCACUGUCAUUUUCGCUAUAUCAACAAGAAAGCGAGGGUGUACGUCCAGCCGCUGAGAUUCUACCGAAGGAUACUGUCCUACUCUUGAAGGAGCCGUAUUUCAAGGCUGUUGUUGAUGGAGGGUAUGGACUUCGUGUCGACCAUCCAACCGAUGUUGUCUUCCUAUCGGAUAAUGAUCCUAGAAUCCCCUCGUCUUGGAGAAAGUCCGGAGACGCUAAUACCUCGAAGGCUGAGGAAUGGAAGCAGAAGGGUAACUCCAAGGUUCAGGCAGGCAAGUAUCGGGAUGCGGUCAAAGAUUACACUGCGGCACUCGAUUGCUCUCCCACCCCGGCAGAAGCUGAAAUUAUACACAACAACAGAGCCUUGGCAUACCUACGACUCCACCAUUACGAUGCUGCUCUCGAAGACACUGCUUUCCUCGUGGAUCCCAACGACCGCUCUGAAAAGGCGCUCUAUCGUGGGGCUCUAGCUCUUUACAAUCUCGGACGGUACUCGGAAUGUCAAGAGCUCCUCAAGAUCCACACGGCUAAAUUCCCGACAAGCGAGGCAGGAAAGUUUGAGCUUGCCCGAGUCCAGCUCAGAAUCAAGGAGCAGAAGUCCGGCGUCUACAACUUCAAGAGUAUGUACAAAGCAGCAAAGAUAAAGCCUCAUCGCCUCGAUUGUGCGACGUUUAUUGGGGCAGUGAAGGUGCAAGAUAUUGCAGGCAAAGGUCGGGGUUUGGUCACGACGAAGGAUGUCAAGGCUGGCGACCUGCUCUUCUGCGAAAAGGCUUUCUCUUAUGGUCAUUAUGACUCUUCCGAGACCAAGAAUUCCGGUGGGAACACAGGCAUCUUGGUUAACCUAGCCACCAAUCGCGUAACCAUAGGCACUCACGUAGCUCGUCUCACCGACAUGUACCAAAAGUUACAGAACAAUCCAUCGACGGCAGCGACGGUUCACGAUCUGUACAGUGGCUCCUACAAGAGGGCUACGCAAGUAAGUGUCGACGGAAGACCGGUCGUCGAUAGCUUUCUGAUCGAGCGAAUCGUCAGCCUGAAUGUCUUUAGCUCCCCACUCACGUCCAGAGAAGCCUACGGCCAGGACCGGCAAGCCGACGACCCACGCUUCGGAUCUACCGGUCUGUGGGUCUACGCUGCCUACAUCAACCACUCCUGCAUCGUCAACUGCUACCGCACCUUCAUCGGCGACAUGAUGAUCGUGCGAGCCGCCAAGGACAUGCCCGCCGACACCGAACUCGAAUGGUCCUACGCGGACCCCAUCAACCGCGCCAAGACGAAGAGGUCGCUGCAGGACAACUGGGGCUUCACCUGCACGUGCCCGGUCUGCGCCGACGAUGCGAAGACGCCCAAGAAGCUGAAGACCCAGAGGCAGCAGAUCCUCGCCAGCAUGUCGACGCGCGAUCCGCGCACGGCCGCCCUCGAGAUGGCAAAGACCUAUCUCGCACCCGCCACUGCCGUCCCCCGCUUCGAGCUCUUCCAGCUGUACCUCACCAUGGCCCAGCACCUCGUCUCCGGGGACGGCAGCGGCGACCGACAGGCUGCGACCGACCAAGGAGUCUUCUACGCCCUGCAAGCGCUCGACGCCCUCGGGUUCGUAGUGGAAGGCGUCGACCUGCCGACGGGCCGCAAGAGGGAUCUCGUCGUCAGGCAGUGGGGCGCUGCAGUUCAGCCGCUCGUGCAUGUCUGGGAGACGCUCUGGGCUGCAUGGGCCGCGGGGCAUCCCAAGUGGGCGGAUGACGCCGAGAGGUACUGGAAGAUCGCCUACGCGGUGGUGCGGGCGGGCGAGAGCGAUACUUUUGAAGCCACGUACCAGCUGAAGCAGAAAAAAGAGAAGAGGAACCACGCGGUGCUGCAGGACCUGAGGAAUAUGCGGGUUUGA